AUGAGCAAAAGCUGUGAGCCCCGCCAGGAGCUCCACGUGUCACCGGUCGCCAAGCUGUCUCUCCGGCUACUCCCCGCCAUCAUCCUGGACAAUGAUGAGGAUGACGAUGGCAACUUCACCAACUGGAUGAGCAGCUACUGGGGCCACGGCGGCGAUGGCGGCGGCGGGCAUUCCAAAGAGCGCAAGCACAGCUUCCGGGGAAACGCCUCGCGACACAAAGCUGACCGCCGGGCCUCCCUGCCCUGCCCGUCACAGUUGGAUGCUAUGCACCUAAACCGAAUCCAUGCAGCCGCAAUGGCUCCUGCCCCCGCGCACAUGAAGGGCCGAGAGGACAAGGAGUUCCGGUCGCAUCCUCGCGCUCGCCGCGUCUCCUCUGACGAGAACAGUCGCAAGAGCAACAUCCCUGAGCAACAUCCCAUCACCCCCAUCCCCGAGCUCGCAGAAUCCUUUGAGAGGAGACUACGGUUCCGCAACCAGAAAGUCAUGUCAUUGAUUUUGUGGUUGCAGGGUGACGCAGAUAAUGUAUGUCUUCUUUGCCAUGAGGAAAAACGCAAUGGUCAAGUCCAAGAAUUGCACUGCUCACAUCGAUUCCACAAAGAGCCUGGAAGGAAACCGGAGCAGGUGCGUCCCCGCAGUGGAAGCUCAGCAGCCACCUGUGAGCGGAGGAAGUGUGGGGACGAGAACAGGAAGUCGGGAGAGGCGGCUAUCUCCACGGAGCAGGAAGACUACCACCAUGUCCCCCGCCGCCAGCUCUCCCUACGGCGCCAACGCUAGCAGUGCCAACACAAAGCUACUGUUUAACAUCAGCAGCAGACACCCCUGGGUCUUUUUUCAGUAAUUUUGAAGUGUGUCUUGUUGGGUCAUAGUACAGGAUUGGCAUCAGAGUGUUUCCAUGGUUUCAUACCCCACAAAAGAAGAGAAACUAGCACAACAAUUCCUAUUUAUUUAUAUAUAUAUUUUUUAAGGGUAUGGGUGUUGGAAACUGAUGUGAAAAUUCCACUAGUCAACACCAUUAUGGCUUCAAUGUCAACAAAAAUAAACCAUCUUCAUUUUUGCAUGCCUAGCACCAACGCAUUGUCUUGAAAUUUCUAAAAAGACAUUUUUGUUUAAAACAUUUCCAAAAAUGGAAAUGUUUCACAAUUUGCUUUUUGAAUGGCUGUUUUUGAAGCCCAAUUCACAACCAUUAGCCAUACAGUAAGUUAAUGUGCUGCUCUUUGAUAUUCAUUCUGUAAGGUAUACACACAAUAAUGUAAAUAGUCAAAUCCUCUGUUCAUAAUGCACCAUAAUGUUGAUGUAUAUAGAUGUUGACUGUAUUGUUGAUAUUCCUCGUGGGUUGUCUAUGGAAAAGGUCACAGCCUUUGUGCGAGUGACCUGUGUAGGAUCUGCUGUUGGGUUACAGGGUUGUGUCUUUAAUCACUGGACGAGUGGUAAGAGGUUGAAGCUAAAUAGGUCACCAACCCUCACUGGAAACUAGUUGGAGGCUACAUGGGAUCCGGCCUCUGCAACAGAAAUCAAUAGUAAUCUUUCACCUACACGUUUCACUGAGGCAGCAGUGUGUAGAGAAUGGGUGUGAAAGCAUGUUGGUGGUGGAUGUUCACUGCCAUUGUGUUACCCCAACCCACUGGAGAGGCCUUUCUCUAUAUAUCAGCAUCAAUUGUCACCCAUUAAUACAGUAAUGUAGGCAUGACAGAAAAAAUGCUGUGUUUUCACUGUUUCUGUGCAUAUACACAUCUUCUUUUUUGGCCUUAAAAUUUUAAACAAAAACUUCAAAAACACUAGAGACCAACAUAUGAUUGUGUACAGUGCAAUAAACUAAUAGAUAGAUUAUUUUCCUCAGACUUCCAUCACUGGAAGAGUUCCAGAUGCUCUGUUAGGUCAACGGAGACUACAGAGAUACUCCAGCAUCCAUAGAGUGCUAUGGAUUUAUUUUAGCAUGUGUUUAUCUUACAGUGAGCAUGUCAGACAGGCAAUACCUUGUUGGCAUACUUUCUCUAACAGUCCGUUGUUGUGUUGCAGUGCCUCGAGCAGUGGUUUUGGAAUCAGCGCACGUGUCCCAUCUGCAAAGCCAAAGUGGCCAUGCCUGCGCCCCUCUACUGGUCCUCUGCACGUGUCCAGUUCCCCUGAUGGUGUUUCCGGUUACCCAGCAUGUCCCUCUCUCUCCUCCUCCUCUGCAUGCGACCCCUCCCUUCGAGCAGACUGUUGAUCAGCUUGUUGUGGUGUUAGGUUGAACUCUUCAGAAAAGUGGAGCAAGUUCAGAGGACAUCUAACAGAGCACCCUAAUCUGAGAGUGUAGCAGGGCUGCAUGCUUCCCUGGCUGUCCCCACUUCUGGGUCAUAUGUUUUCUUGAGUUUGAGUUUGUUUUUAUUUCCCCAUGGUUUUGUAGGAAGCAGGGGGUAUGGGGUAUGAAAUGUGGGGUUUUAUGCCCAUGAACUGUGGAUGUUCCUUCCCCACAUGACCGUUUUGGGGUCAGUUGUUGAGCCUAGAUCUCAUGUGGAUCUCAUGUUGGGCAAUGUUAGGAGUCAGGACAUCUGAGGUGUAGACAGUUCAGUGUCAGCUAUGGGUAUGCCACAUUCUUCCUGCCCAAUGACUGUGUAUUUAUAGGUAGGGCAAGAUUUCAUUACUUCACAACUAUGAGCUGUGGUUUAAUAAUGAAGUGAAAAAUGAAGACGCUCAGCCCACAGAUUAUGGUUUACAUCUUUCAAAAGUUCGGAGUCACAUUUCCUUGUUUUUGAACAGAUUGUUAAUGCAGUAUCUACAGAUCCUACUUUUGUUAAGUAGUAAAACACCAGUGUCAGCAUCAACAGAAGAGGUGACUUCUGGUGACCCACACUUUUGAACAACAGUCAGCCAUAGUCAACUAGCCUGGGAAUACCCAUGCAAACUUUUGGCAAAUUUGGUAUUUUCUCUGCAGGUCCGUCUGGCCAAGAGGCUAUUGAAGCCCAUUUCCAAUGUCCC